GUGUUGUUUGCUUAUUACAAUUUUGCCCCUUCUGGGUUAUGGAAAUUACAUAUAAAUGUGUGGAGAGUAGAAAAGUAAGAAGUGAAAAAGUGGAAGGACAAAAUUGAGAAUAAAUAAAAGAAAACAGACACAAAAAGGCUGCACGCACUAACAAAUCAUUUCAAAACCCAUUUCUAUUUUCAUCGCUCUGUCUCUCAAUUUCUUCUUCUUCUCUUCUCAUUCAAAUUUCAGUCUCGGUUGCUAUACCAAGAGACCUUAAGAGAUGUUGAAUCCGGCCAACGAUCUGUUACCGCCGCCGUCGUCUCCGACCAAUUCAUCCAUUUCCUCCUCCGAUCUCGACACUGAGUCUACAGGUUCGUUCUUCCAUGACAGGAGCACCAGCUUGGGGACUCUAAUGGGUGUUAGUUUCCCGGCGAUUACCUUCCGAGUGCCCUCCCAGAACCGAGACCAACACUCCGCCGCGACCGCCGCCGCUGGUGGCGGUUCCCGCAAGAGUAAGAAGCCAAAAAGAAAAACGACGGCAGCGCCGGCACUGGUCGCAGAUCGGAAACGGCGGUGGUGGCGGCUAUGCAGGGAUGACGGUGUUAAGCCGGCGUCUCUGGGCGAGUUUCUUGAGGUGGAACGGAGAUUUGGGGACGGUGCUUUCUUCGGCAACGCGGUGGAUCUGGAAGGCGUAGUUUCGGCGGAUCAGCAGAGGAAUGGCCGGUCUUUGUUCGCCGAUGGGAGGGUUCUUCCGCCGGCACAAACGGAGGAAGAUACGUCCGCGGCCGGCGCUCUAUGCCGAUUUUCUGUAUCGCUCACCGGAAUUUGCAGCGGCGGUGCCGGCUAAAAUGUGGGAUUUGAUUUGUGAGGGUAUAUUUAAAAUCUUAUAUUAUAUUUAAUUAAUCAAACCCUUGAAUUAAGGUGAAAGAAAAAAAGAAAAAAGAAAA